AUGAUGAACCCAACUUUCUUUUCGAUCGCUCUGCUGGCGCUCGGCGUAUGCGCCUCGCCUGUCGCUGUCCGGCAAACGACUACUGAGCCCAUCGUACUCGGAGGAGGUGCCAACUCGGCCAUCCAGAUCACCAUCUCUCAAGUACAGCUUGGCGCUGCCCCUCCUGGAGCUCCACCAGCGGCUCCGCCUCCAGGAGGUGUUCUCCCGGCAGUUCCUCCGGCGGGCGCCCCCCCAGCAGCGGCCGCCGGCGACGCCAACGGGCUAUUCUCGUUCACGUCGACCAUGCCCGCCAAUGCCACGCCGGAGCAGGUUGUCAACGGCACCGAACCCACUGGUGGCCUCGCCGGUGCAUCCGGGACCUUCAACUUCGGCCUGAACGGCGCCACCGACACAAUAUGCUACAACAUCACGCUGAACAACUUCCAGGGAGACUUCUCUUCGCCUGCAACAACCGCAACACACAUCCAUGAGGCAGCGGUGGGCCAGUCAGGUCCUCCGAGGAUGGCUUUCCCCAACCCCGUGCCUGUGGGAGACCCUGCCGCCGGUGUCAGGAACAGCGUCGGCUGCAUGAAGGGCCCAUUUACCACCGGUGUCGUGAUGGACGGCGCGGACACCGGUAACGGGUUUACCGUGGCUCAAAUCGAGGCGAACCCAGCCGCCUUCUUCGCGGAUACUCACUCCAGCCUGGCCCUCCCCGGUGCCGUGCGAGGUCAACUGGCGUGA